UAGGAAUGACUGACUGACUGAUAGCUAAACACUGUAGACAGCAAAAGCUCGAAAACGGAGGGAAAAUGUCACAGUUUUGGAAACCAGGCACCGAGAAGCCUCCCAUCCUCGACGACAAAGAAGGGGGCGUCCUUUUCUUCUCCUCCACCAUCUCCUCCUCUUCAUCGGGGUAUGGAUAUGCGAGUAUUGAAAAGCAGAGACAGAGAUUGCCUGUGUACAGGUACAGAACGGAAAUUUUGUAUUUGGUGGAGACUCACGGCACUACCAUUAUUGUCGGUGAGACUGGCAGCGGCAAAACCACACAGAUUCCUCAGUACCUUAAAGAAGCAGGUUGGGCUGAUGGUGGACGUAUCAUAGCUUGCACCCAACCAAGACGAUUGGCAGUCCAGGCAGUUGCUUCAAGGGUGGCUGAAGAGAUGGGGGUUAGGCUUGUAGAGGAAGUUGGCUGCACAAUUCGAUUUGAGGAUCUUACAAAUUCAGGCUUAACCAGGAUAAAAUUUCUCACAGAUGGGGUUUUACUAAGAGAAAUGAUGGAUGAUCCACUUUUGACCAAGUACAGUGUCAUAAUGGUUGAUGAGGCUCAUGAAAGGUCUAUUUCGACUGAUAUUUUGUUGGGUCUCCUGAAAAAGAUCCAGCGACGACGACCUGAGCUGCGUUUGAUAAUCUCAUCUGCUACAAUAGAUUAUAUAAAAAAAUAUUUCAUAUCUUCCAUAAAAAUAGGCCUAAUAAUUUGCCUUUAUAUGAUUAAAUCUGUAAUAUAUAUCAAAAUGAAAAUGAAGAUGAAGGUGGAACAUUGA